GAGAGGAAGCAAACGGCGAUGGAUGGCCACGCAAUCACAGUUUGUGCCACCAUUAUACAUGAGCACUUGAUUCUUGCCUCGGUUGCUCCGUCAACGAUCGUUCUUUUCCGCUUCAAAGAUGCCGACCUUUCCUCCUCCAUAUCGGAGUCCCCAAGUGCAAGCUUAAAUAACGAUCGAAAUCCUAAAGGUUGCUUGGUGUCUGUUUCAUCCGAUGGCUUCCCUUCUUCGAUCGCAUUUCUUUCAGCCACCGACUACCAAUUUGUCCACUGAUGCGAACUUUAUGGAGUUUCCUGGAAAGCCGAUGGAAUCCCUCAAGAUGAAUUUCUCGCCUUUACUUUUGGUUAAACAGAAGGAUACUUAUUGGAGGAGGUUGGGAUUCCUUAAGACUUAUUCUGUAGUGAUGGCCACAAAAGAUCCUUGUGGGUUGGGCAAGGAACUCAAGGAAAUUGAAAGGCAUGGGCAAGAUUUGAAAGAUAAUGAUUCAGAUCCUUUAAAGGAGCUAGAAGCCAGGUUUCUGAAGUUUAAGAAGCAAAACUACUUGGAAAAUCUGGAUCAUUAUCAAAACCUUGCUCAGGGCCAAUCACCUAAGUUUAUGGUCAUUGCAUGCGCAGACUCCAGAGUCUGCCCCUCAAAAAUCUUGGGGUUCCAACCUGGGGAAGCUUUUACUGUUAGAAAUGUGGCAAAUUUGGUUCCGCCUUAUCAGCAUGGAGCUUCAGAAACAAGUGCAGCUCUUGAGUUUGCUGUUACUUCAUUAGAGGUUUCAAAUAUUUUAGUCGUGGGACAUAGCUGCUGUGGGGGCAUCAGAGCUCUAAUGAGCAUGAAAAGAAAGUCAAACUCCAAAAGUUUUAUUCGAGAUUGGGUGUCUCUUGCAAAAAGUGCAAGGUUAAGCACGGAAGCUGCAGUUGGAAACAGGAGUUUUGAGGAGCAAUGUGCACACUGUGAAAAGGAAUCAAUUAACGGCUCUCUCCUGAACCUAUUGACAUACCCGUGGAUUGAUGAAAGAGUGACUAAAGGAGCGCUUUCUCUUCAUGGCGGCUAUUAUGAUUUCACUAAUUGCAGCUUCGAAAAAUGGACGCUGGUUUAUAGAAAAAGUUUGGAGGGUGGAAGCAAGUUUGCUAUAAGAGGCUGUUCUACAUGGUCCUGAUUAAUUAAUCUCCCUUCUGGUAAGAAACCACCUCUUAUUAUUAUUAUUAUUUUUAUGUUUGUAAUGUUGUGACAUAUUAUAUAGUUUCAUGCGAUUUAUGUAUGAUAUAAAACAU